GACAGCAAAGACCCGCGUGAAUGACACAUGGACGACUCAGCAUCUUAAACCUAUAUAUCUGUAUAUAUGUACACUACUGUUUAUGUCAUGUGGAUAAUGUAGAGUAGCUCGCUUCAUUAUCAUCCACAGCGGAGGCUAAUUACUAGCGAAACAGGAAACAAUUACGCGAUUUGCAUCUGUACAUCCAAUAUAAACACCAGCAAACAGCGACAUCAUACAGUAUCACAGGCUGUGUAUUUUAGGCUUUUCCAUUUGUGUGGGGAAAGCAUGGAGAGCUAUGAUGAAUUCUGCGCACGGAUUGUGUCUAAACUGCAGACGGAAAUGAGGCGUAAAAAGAGCUGCAGUACCGCACCUGCUCGAGCGGUGGCGCACUCUCUCAUCUGCUUUCAUGGCAGGCCGGUUCUUUGUCCUGUUCUAAGUGAGAAAAAAAGACGAGAAAUGGCUAAAUACAAGAAAAGAGCAUCACAAGUGGAAGUAGGGCGACAGAUUCAUCAUAACAAUAACCUGCUCAAUCAGAUGCAGUCCUGUCUUUGCACCAGUAAGGCACCAAAAGUCUUGGACAUCACACAGCCUUCAGAGCCACGCAUGUCUCCUUCUCCAAAGACAGACUACAGGAAUGGUUUCACACGACUGGACACAACAAAACUCACACCUACAGCAGCUCCAGAGCCAUAUAUCCUGUCCAACAGGCCUCCAGUGACUCCAUCAUCUGACCUGCCUGUGUUUAUGAGAGGAAAACCUGCCGAGGAAAAAGAAAUACGAGAGGAAACUGAAACAGGAGUUUGCCUGCAGAACCUACUAAAGAAAUCACGUGAAUUCAUUGAAAAAGAGCAAGCAAAACCAGGCUCAAAACUCAACAAAACCCCGUCAGAAAGCCCAUCAGAGCCCGUUGGCUGCUUUCUGAAUGGGACUGGUUUUAGUGGCUCUCCCAGUUACACCAUCAGCCCGGAAUCUGGUCUAAAUCCUAACAAAUCCCACCGCGGACGCCCUCGUCCCAUUUCUGCAUGCAGCAUCUUCUUUUCAUUACCUGAAAACCCCAAACCAAACAUUACACCCUAUGCAAGACCACAGGACAUAAAACCAAUCGGAUCGCAGGAAAGGAAGCUGCUUGAGUUGGAAAACGUGAAUGUAUCUCAUUAUGAGGAUUUCUCUCGGUUGAACGAGACCAUCGGUAGACUGGAAACAUCUCCAGUGGAUGCUGAGCUCACGAGUCCUCUGUUUCGGAGGAGAUGCCACACGCUGGACAGCCAUCUGUCCUCACGGCCCGUCAUAGACAGGAGCCAGGAGCGGAUGCCUCGCUUUAUGGCUGGGGUCACGGCGAGAACUCCAACUCGCCUCUCUCCUCCUUCACCAAUGAACAAGAGUCCUGGAGCAGCAUUCAUGGGGUCUGCAAUCAGUCCAGAGUCUCCUUUUCAUGCCAAACUACACUUCGAGAUGGAGAGGAACAGUGUUAUUAGUACAUCGCUGAAAGACAGAAGGACAGAUGAGACGCAGUGGCAGGCUCAGGCUCUGGAAGACAUGCAGAGGUCACAGGAGGAAGACUACGCUUUCCGCAUGUCCUGUCUGAUGGCGGAGCAAGAGCGAGAACAGCUAGUGGGACACAGACUCUGUUUAAAACUCCUCUCUAAUGUUUACUGUCUACCUAGUCAACUACAUUCUAAGCGCAUCCUAAACCAAAUGACACCUUAUAUAAGUUCUUCAAUGUCAGCUACAUUAAUAGAUUCAGAGGAGCGGGUCAGAAGACUGAGGGCACAGGGUGGUCUGAGUCCUGCGGUGGGAGAGGAUGGCUGUGCUGACCGAUACCCUGUACUGAGCCCCAUGUGCCCUUUAAGCCCCGGAGACAGAUCCCCUCGACACCCGCUGCAGAAGAUGGGUUUUCCUUCUCCCACUUUAGAUUUGGCAUCGCCCUCAAUACAGCCUCCUGUUUAUCUGAGGGGACUGAAGAGCAGAAACAGACUGAGCCAGGUUUUGACGGUGGAGCAGCAGAGGGCGCUGUUUCGCCUCACCGCCAUCGUCAGGGGCUUCCUGAUCAGACGACUGCUGAAAACUGAGAAAGUCAAACACCUGCGGCAGACUGUACAGGACACGCAGGAGUUCAUCAGUUCAUUCAGCAGUAAUCUGUCAGAGCAGGAUCUCUGUUUGCAGGAGCGCGUCAGAGCUCAGUUACGUGCGGCCUUGUUUGAUAUUCAUGAUAUCUUCUUCACGCUCACACUAGAGGAGCGUUUGACUCUCAUACAACAAGACAGAGAGUUACGCACGGAAAGGAAACUCAGAGAGAUGGAAAAAGCAAAAAGCCCCAAAGACAAGGUGAUUUUCUCUGCUGCUACCCAGAAAUCUCUCGAUAGAAAGAAGAAAGUUGGUGAAUCUCCAGUCCAGACCAGAAGAGCUCAGAAAAACAAGAGUCCUCCUACAAAAAGGAUCCUACAGCCCAGUCAAGGCCAGAAUGCUCCAGUUUCAGGCCAGCAGCUUCUGCGUCGAGGGAGCUACAAGAAGACUCCCGAAGAGAGAGUUCAGCAUUCGGAGAGGUUGAAGAAACAGCAUUCACUGGGCUGACCUCGCAUCAACCCAACAUGGAAAUUAAUAUUGUGCUGAACUGAGACAUACUUCUAAAAAUAACCCCCGGCCUGGCAUCUCAUCCAAUCAUCACCAUUAUUAAAUGUCAUCAAUAUCUAGUUCUUCCCGCUUCUAAUGCAUCAUACUGCAUUAAAGCAAAAAUAGAUCUAGAUAUUAUUUCAUAUAGGAUACAUAACAUUAUAAUCCAGAGAUAAACAAAUUAAUCAUAAUUAUAUCAAAUUAAAUCAAAAUGUGUCAUAAAUACUGGCAGAACGUUACUGUCUACA